AUGCAAUGUGAUAUAUCUCUAAAACUAGAUCGCGGAGUCUACAGCAACAUCCUGGGGUACUCGGGCGGUGUGUCGUGGGAGCUUCUGGUGGAUCGCACGUGUCAACUGAAUCCCAACGCGCCGCUCCAAACAUUGGUGCACGAGUUCUUCGUGUUAUUCAGCCAGUGGAAGUGGCUAGAGCCAGUGCUGCUGAAACAGACUGAAUCAGAAGACCUAGGGUUAGCUGUGUGGGAUCCUAAAGUCAGCAUAACGAUUGUCUAUAUGUCAAUUUAUUUAUAA